UAGGUGUAUUAUCUGCAUCUGGCAGAUUAAGGGUUUCAGAUCCACACAUUUCUGAGCAAACCAACACGAUGAAACAAAAGGUGGUCGUCAGAUUCUGCGCGAAGAGAAGUAAGUCUCGCUCCGAAGCCCUCACCAUUGCCAUAGGCGUUCCAGGGGUGACAUCGGCGACGCUGAAGGGGCAGGACAAGGACGAGAUGGAGGUGGUGGGAGAAGGGAUUGACGCGGUGGAGCUGACGACCCUGCUGAGGAAGGAUGCGGUGGUGCUCAAGCGUUGGUGGGGCCUCAGGCGGCAGUCCGACGGCCGGCGGUCAGCAGCAGGCGACCGCCCCCCCCCCCCCCCCCCUCCUUUCUCUCUCUCUCGUAGGCCGUAGUCCCGUCUUGUUUCUGCGUGAAUCCUGAACGGCCUUGGGGGCGAGUGACGACGAGGACGAGGACGAUAAGGAAAGGGGAGAGCGAGCCGCGAGCGAAAGAGCUAGAGAGGGAGAAGGGUUUGCCGAAGGCGCUGAUUGGGGGGUGGGCUUGGAAAAAAUUUAUGGGCCCCAAAAAUGACAAAAUUAUGGGCCUGAGGCAACCGCCUCUUGGCCCUCACUAUUGGUCCGGCCCUGGUCCUGCCAUGAGCAUUUCCUUCUUGCUAUGGCCACUCCAUCAUCAUCAGCAAAAGAAAAGAAAAGGGUUGUAUUUUAAAGAAGUAGAAGGUUAGUUGAUAUAUAUAUAUAUAUUAUAUAAUUAUAAAAAUAUUAUCGCAGUCUCAUUGUUUCGGUAAAUUUUUUGGUGCAAAAAAUCUUCUAGUAUAGUGUCUUAUUUCUUACUUACUAGUUUUAGAGGGUUUCGUUUAAUUU